CCAGUCACCAUCCUGAGCUCCUACCCGCCCAGGGAUGGAGGCCCUGGGUCCCGGAGGCCUGGGUUCUGGAGGCGAUCGCGCCUCCCCGGCCUCAUCCACUGGAAGCCUAGACUUCGGGCAGCUCUCCACGCGUGCCGACUCGGCCUACAGCUCUUUCUCCACCGCCUCUGGUGACCCUGAGCCGCGCACCCCGUCCCCGGCCACCGAUCUCCUUCCUUGCCUGGACUGGGGCUCCGUGCGCGUGGCGUGGGGCGGCUCGGCCCCCGUCACUCCGGACCCCACCGUGCGCCCACCCCGAUCCCGGCCAGCCGUGGCCACGCGCGGUGGGCCGCGCCGGUCCCCGGAGACACGGGGACCCCCGGGGACGUUCAGCAGACAGGCCACCCCAAUGCUGUGCGCGCUGGCUGCCGAAGCCGAAGCCCAAGCUCGGGCGCAGGCCGCGGAGCCGCCCAGCCCUCCAGCCUCGCGGGCCGCCUACCGGCAGCGACUUGCGCAUGCCCCUGACCAGCAGUAUGGAAAUGGCUUGAGUCACAGAGCUAGCCAGGCUACAGUUCCUGAAGAGCGCACCCUCCAUCCCUGUCUCCAGAUUGUAGGCGCAGAUGACUGCUGGCAGCAGGUGGAUGCCUCUGUGGGUGUCUUUAGACCCACAAGCUGUAGCCCCCCGGAAGCUGCAAACGGUGACACCCCAACCAUUGACCCUCCUGGACUACUGACCUCUGACCCCCCUGCAACUGCAGAAAAUGGCCCCCUCAAACCCUCCCCAGUUGAUGUCCUGGAACCUUCAGGUAAUGAUCUUCCAGGCUCACCUCACCACACUACCCUGGCCAGGGGUCCUGGCCAGCCACCAUGGCCUAGUCCGCAUCUCCAGGAACUGGUUCAAGAGCUAGCCAGACUGGACCCCUCUCUGAGUGACACUUUUACCUCCCAGUCCAGCCCAGAGCCACCCCUGGGUCUGCUGGAUGGGUUGAUUCCUUUACCAGAGAUCUGGGCUGCCAUGAGGCCAGCGUGUUGGGAGGAGGUUGGAGAAGAGACCGAGGGUGCUUCUGAGCCAGGAUGCCACGCGGGCAACCUUACCCGGCAUCUGCCAGCUUCUCAGGAGGCCACGAGACAGGAAAACUCCACCUCGUCUUUCGUACCUGAUCAGCCAUGUGGCCUAGGGUUAGGUCCUGAAUCCAAAUACAACAUCCAGGCCAAGAAAGUGGAGCUGGCCAGCCUACUCCAAAAGAUGCUGGUGGACCUGCAGGCAGAGCAGGAAAGACUACACGGACUGGCCCGAGCUUGGGCUAGACGAAGGGAAGACCUGGAGGCUGCGGUGAGCCGUACCUGUGCACCCCGGGACCUGGAGCGGUUCACCCGGUUCCUGGCUGACCUGGAACGCGUGCUUGGCCUCCUGUUGCUGCUAGGCUGUCGCCUGACCCGCGUGCAUUGUGCCAUGGACAGGUUGGGCUCCGCUGGCGCUCCAGAAGAGCGGGCCUCUUUGUUGCAGCGGCUGAGGCUUUUACAGCGCCAGCAGGAAGAUGCUAAGGAGCUGAAGGAUCACGUGGCCCGGCGCGAGCGUGCCCUGCGCGAGGUGCUGGGGCAGGCACUGCCCACGGAGGAGCUGAGUGCCUAUGGUGCCCUGCUGGCAGGCAAGGCCGCCAUCCUGGCCCAGCAGCGCAGUCUAGAUGAGUGCGUCCGCCUUCUGCAAGACCAGUUGGACGCCAUCAGAAUUGACCUUGGCCAUCGUCCCCUUUGUCCCAGGCCAUCCUGGCCCCCGGGGUCCUGUUUGUCCCCUGCCAAGCCCUUUCCUGCUUCCCCUGUCUAGUUCCAGGGAGUGGGGAUGGGGCUCAGCCACACCGGAUCCAUGCUGGUUUAUUGCCUGAUUUGUCCCUACAGGGAGACCUGGCUUUCCCAGAAUGCUCCUUCUUCCAGGUCUCCCCUGGCCUUUGUCCAAGUCUUGGGGGAGUAUUGGGGAAUUUAACUCCUGGAUCUGGGAAACCUGCAGUAUUAGCCAGGCACUGAGUGCAAGCAUAUCCUCCUAGCUACUCGAGAGGCCGAGAUGUGAGGAAUUGGGUUCAAAAUCCAAACCUUGGGUGGAAAAGUCUGUGAGACUCUGAAUCUCCAAUUAACCAGCAAAAAAAGCUGGAAACAGAGGGGUGGCUCAAGUGGUAGAGUACCGGUCCUAAGCAAUAAAAGCUAAAGAGAGUGCCCCGGCCCUGAUUUCAAGCUCUAGUACUGGCAAAAAGCAAAAGAACAACAAAGAAACCCUGCAGUAUUUCAAUUUUUGUGAUGGGGGCAGGUUGGGGGGGGGAGGGGAGCGUCUAUUAAGCUUUUGGGAAAGGAAUCAAGUCCAAGGAGCAUUUCCGCUUAAGGUGCAGAAUGGCCU